CAGUAAAUAGAGUUCAGAACAACUUGCAGCCUGCAGCAGACGCACGAGACUGAGCCUUGGCGAGGAAGUGCACUUAAAACCGACCGAGACAAAAGACACACUCCAAAACAAUCCUGUGGACAUUUCACAAACAGGAUCUUAUAUGACAACUGCUCCAAAGGAAGCAAAAUCAUCGAGUUUUAGAGGCAUCGAUUGUCUGAGAUUGGAUUUGUACUUCUUUUUUUUCUUUUUCUUUUUUUAUUAACUUUUUUUUUUUUAAUCUCUGGAUAUUUGUAAAUUGACCAUUCGUUUUGUUGUCGUCUUCGUUGACACAAUGCGCUAACGCGUUUAUGCCUACGCGGAUAUGUCGGACACGUCCAGAGAGCAAACGAUGCCCAAUGACCCGGCCUCGCGGGGAAUCGGAGAGAGCACCGCUGGCGGCGAGCACUUUGACUUCCCUCAGCCGAGCGAUGGGGACCCGUUAAGGGGAGGGAUUUCCAUAUCGAAUAGUCACCAAUCGAGGUCACAGAUGUACAGAACCUUCUCCAGGUCCUCUAGUGGCUAUUUUUCCGUCGACAGCGAUUCUGUGCCAAGUUCUCCUCUAAUGCCUAAUAUUUCCGAAGCGCAAGAUGACCAAAAUGAUGAGGUAUGGCUCCCCGAACCUAGCCCCGAACACGCGCAGAUGGCAGCACCUGUUGGAGCCAUGCGGCCAGAGAUCACGGUCGCUCGGGAGCUGCGGCGCAUUGGAGACGAGUUCGACCGCCUGUACUGUCAAGGGGCUGGUCCAGGCGGGAACAACGUGGCCCCGCUGCACGCUCCCAAUGAACACGUCAUCGUCAUGUGGAUGAACGACCUGAUCGGACGUCUAGUACAGUUUUUCCUGCGAAGAAGAUGAUUGACACAUUGAAUGCCCAGCAGACGUAUUGCAAAGAUGUAGCAUCAUGCAACCCCCCCUCCCUCUUCUGAGUGUAUAUAUAUGUAAAUAAUAAGGGAUAACAGCAGUGCUGCUCUUCCGCAACCUCUCCGGGUUUGGGCGUACAGUUUCGGACCUGUCGGGAUGUGUGCAGAUCUGGACGGAUAUAUUAAUUGGGAACCCUCGGCCAUCCAUAAACUGACUCACAGCAGAGUUUCCUGCGUUCACAUGGAAAGCUGAGCCAUUAGAUGCUGUGUUGACAAGACUUAAACGUGGAGGUUUUUGUUGCACCACAGAAACCGUGCCUUCAUUGCCUGUUUGCCCUCUCUCCUUUUACCUUGUCUUUUUCCUUCAUGGCUUUUAUAUUUAUUUUUUACUGUAUUUAAUUUGUACAUCUUGUUUAUAAUUUCACGAACGUGGAUGUUAGUCGGUCAAGCGUGGACUUUAUUGGUUCCUUCACGUGUUCAAUGGCUCCAAGUUUGCACUUGCGUUUGGUCUGAGUAGUCUAUACAAAUCAGAUUAAAUAUGAUAUAAUAAUCCCAUAACAGAAAAUGAAAUUUGAGAAAACAUGACCGAACACAUAUAUAGAGAGAUUUUAGAGACCUAUUUUAUCAAAAAAAAACGUUUGCACGAUGAAUUUGUGGAUUUGACAUUGGCUUCCGAGCCAAAUAAUGAAAGGCCUUUUCACAUGACUCGCGUCAACAUUUCCCUCUAUGAAGCACCGAAUUAUCUCUUGACCUCUUUAGUACAAGGGGGAGGGACACAUUAUUGGCUCAUGAAUAUUAAUUAUGUGAUAUGACAUUCACUCAGUAGUCCAUACUGUUUUGCUUAAAGGCAAGUAAGCACUACUAUAUACUUUAUCCCAUCUCAAUGCAUUGCUGCUGACGCAAUCAUUUGACAGAAACUUCUGCUACAAUUUUGCACUGAAGCAAAGUACAAAUGACAACAAAUAAAAAAAGAUUAUUUCCCUAGAGUGCGCAACCUUAUAGUGCGGUUACAUUUACCAUUUCUCUGCACAUUUUGCAGGCGAAAGCCAGUCAUUUCAAUAGGAAUCCAGUCCACAUGUUCAGGAGUUUCGUGCGAGGACAAAAUAUUUUUCGUUGGUCAUACAAAUUCACUCCAUUAACUGACAGAAAGCUGCUCGGUUCGAAAGUGACUUCUCUGUACGCAACACUAUAAUAACAUAACGUUUUUUGCCUGCAAAAUUUUGCUAACGUCACCGCGCACCCCAUAAUUUAACAUUCAAAUAAUUUCAACUCUAACCCUUUUUGCAGCUGACCUUUGCAUCCUGAGCACUAAAGUUUUGUGAAUAUACGUAAUUUUCCGGUUAUAGGCUCAAAUACGCACUCAGCCUAUUGUUUACUUUCACUAUUUUCCGCUUUGCCAGUACUCUGUCUGCAAUGCUUUUCAUGCAAAGGUCAAAGUGUCACAUUACAAUAGUGUUUAGAGUUGAGUCAUGUGAAAAGGUCUGACAAACAUCUUCAGGUACUAGAACAGUUUAUUAAUUAUUUUAUGUAAGAGAAUACCAGUAAAAAUCAAUCUCAUUUGACAGGCAAAGGUAGACUAGGGAGUAUGUGUAACUAACACGGACGUUCUUGUUAUUUUAACACAUUUGGUAUUUUGAUUUGUUAGAUACCCUUCUCAAUUAGAGAUGGGAAGCAAGAGCAAAAGUGACAUUUUAAUGAUUCCAUUAAUGUUCCAACAGAUUGUGCUUAUGCCUAAGUUUAGGUCAAGGGGUUAUGUGGAUUUUUAUCAUUUAGUCAUUUCUCUGAAAAACUGCAUUGAAGUGCCUUGUUUAAGAGCGCAAUGGUGAUAGAGCAGGGUUUUUUAUUAUUACACCAAACUCGGGAAUGAAUUUUCAACCCUUGUAGUUAACUGCCCACUCAUUACAACCACUGUUCACCACCAGCCUUACAAAACUGGCUUGACUAAUUGGCCUUUAACCAGCCUCAGGGACUAAGGGAAAUACACCUGUGUAGAUUUCUUGAACAAACCGGUCUUCCAUCUUUACUUUGGCUUAUUGGUUCUUCUGGCUUUACUUUUUUUUUUUUUUUUACCAUUGUCCCAGUAUUCCAGUAACCAAUGAUGCACAAGGCUCAGGACGAGUCAUCAAGUAUGUUGGUAUAAUAAUGAUGUUUUUUAGAUAUAAAGAAUUAAGUAAAUAAGAUGUGUUGACUACCUACCAUGAAAGGUAUUGCUGAAAGUUUAAGAAAUAAAUAUCCGUCGGUUAGAUAAUCCACUUGGCCCUGUUAUCAUAUGAAUUUGUUUGUAUAUCAGUUAGAUUGUUUCUCUUUGCCAAAAUUAUAACGUUUAGCUUGUCUACCGUUUCAGGUUUACCACUCAAACCAAAGACCUCGUUUUUCAAUUCUACUGGCAUUGUGUGUUGUUGUGUCAUGUUCCAUGUUUUGGUUCUCUGCCUUUGCUGAAGGAUUCUAGCAGCAUUCCCGUUCUUUAGCCCAUUAAGAACAAACUUUUUUUUUCCGAGGGAAAUCCAAGGAUUUCAGGCCAACCUGUGUAUUUCUCACUGGACCUCUGACUGAGUCUCUUCAGUCCUGUUGCACUGAACACCCGCAUUGCCCGAUCUGACACCACCCAGGACCCAGUACAUUGUAGCACAAUGACAUUGAUAAUUUUAAAAAUUAUUAUUUGUUUGUUUGUUUGUUUGUUGAAUGCAUCUUUUUGUAUUUUGCACUGAAAUUUUCUGUGCUAAUUUGUGCAAUACCGCUGUAAAUAAAGCCGCUUUUUUCAACUUUCUAAA